UCCUCACGGUGAUCCCCGACACCACUGCCCGCUUCUCACGCACACACUCACGCACACCCACAGAGACACACUCAUGAGUGCGCGUCGCGUCCGUGCGCACGAGCGGCCGCUGCAACCAGCUGACUUCACCUGAACGGAGCAAAGCGGCGGGACAGAACCACCAAACAAUGUGAGCCAACUGCAUUAUGCGCUGCCGCAGGUUGUUGCUACUUUUGCGCUCUUUUAGGAGGUAACGGGGAGGUGCAAGCUUGCAUGCCAUCACCAUGGAUUGCCUUUUUCUUCUGAUAUGGACUUUACCUAUCCCGCUGGUCGGCUGCACCUCAGUCAAGCUGCUCUCCACCUUCUUGUCCUGGAAUAUCAUCAAGACUUUGCACAUCUACUGCACACACACCUCCCACUCUGUUUUAGCCAGCUAUUCUUUCAGCAACAGCCACGGAUUAAAUCAUGAUUAUGUGUUUGUAACCCCCGUGGAGGUGGACUCUGAUGGCACGUACCUGUCCCAUGAUGUGAGCAGGACAAGCCAUCGCAGCAAGAGGGCUCUGUCCUCCUUUUUGCACUACCGGCUCUCUGCCUUCGGACAGGACAUGCACCUGGACCUGCAGCCAUCCUCUGUGGUUGGUCCAGGAUUCACCGUGCAGACAGUUGGCUCGGACGGCAUCUCCAUGGUAACGACUGAUGUGGGGUUUCACAAUUGUCUGUAUCAGGGAUUUAUCCGCAACCACUCAGCCUCCUCAGCAGCCAUAUCAACAUGUUCCGGACUGUCAGGUUUGAUCCGUGUGUCUCAGGAGGAGUAUUUGAUAGCACCAUUACCACAACAUCUAGCGGAGCAGCACAACUACAGCGCCCCCAGUGGCCAUCACCCACAUGUUGUCUACAAGCGAUCAGCAGAACAUGUUGUUCAUAGAAGACCUAGAAGCUCAUCUGUCACUGGUUCCUCCAGAUUUGACAGUCCUUAUCGCCACUAUCAUCAUCAUCAGCAGCAUCUUAACUCUCAACAAAGACAGCAGCAUCGGCAACACUUCUGCGGGCGCCGCAAGCAAUACGCUCCCAAGCCUCCUGCAGAGGAUCGCUUCAUCAUGCCUGAUGAGUUUGCAAUGGCGGAGAUGGAGGAACCAGGGAGGACAAAAAGAUCACCCAUCAACUCCAACAGGGUGGGAGGACUGAAUGUGGAGACCCUGGUGGUGGCAGACAGGAAGAUGCUGGAGAAACACGGCAGGGAAAACGUCACCACCUAUGUCCUCACUGUCAUGAAUAUGGUUUCCAGUCUUUUCAAAGAUGGCACCAUUGGGACAGACAUCAACAUUGUGGUGGUUAGCUUGUUGCUGCUGGAUCAAGACCCGCUGGGCUUGAAUUUAAAUCACCAUGCCGACCAGUCCCUCAACAGCUUCUGUCAAUGGCAGUCAGGUCUGGUGGGGAAAGGAGGUAAACGACACGACCAUGCUGUUCUCCUCACUGGACUUGACAUUUGUUCCUGGAAGAAUGAACCCUGUGACACCCUGGGUUUUGCACCUAUCAGUGGCAUGUGCAGUAAGUACAGGAGCUGCACCAUAAAUGAGGACACAGGCCUGGGCUUGGCCUUCACCAUCGCUCAUGAGUCUGGACACAAUUUUGGGAUGAUCCAUGAUGGGGAAGGGAACCCUUGUCGCAAGACAGAAGGCAACAUCAUGUCUCCCACCCUGGCUGGUAACAAUGGGGUCUUUUCCUGGUCCAUAUGCAGUCGACAAUACCUCAGCCGCUUCCUUGGAACAGCCCAGGCAUCCUGUCUCGGGGACGAGCCUAAGCAGAUCGGUCAGUACAAGUAUCCUGAGCAGCUUCCCGGGCAGCUGUAUGACGCAGACACGCAAUGCAAGUGGCAGUUUGGGUCCAAGGCCAAACUGUGCAGCCUUGAUUUUGUCAAGGACAUCUGCAAGUCGCUGUGGUGUCACCGUACGGGGCAUCGAUGUGAGACAAAGUUCAUGCCUGCUGCAGAGGGCACCACCUGUGGCCCAGACAUGUGGUGUCGAAGAGGUCAGUGUGUUAAAUUUGGGGAGUAUGGUCCUAGAGCCAUCCAUGGCCAGUGGUCAGCUUGGUCCCAGUGGUCCGACUGCUCCAGAACCUGCGGAGGAGGGGUCAUGUACAGGGAGCGCUCCUGCACCAGCCCACGACCACAAAACAAUGGUAAAUUCUGCUCAGGCUCCAGUCGUCUUAACCAGUUGUGUAACACUCGACUAUGCCCUCCCAACGCUGUGGACUUCCGGGCCCAACAGUGUGCCGAGUACAACAGCAAGCCCUUCAGGGGCUGGUACUACAAGUGGAAACCUUAUACCAAAGUGGACGAGGAAGACAUCUGUAAGCUGUAUUGCAUUGCAGAAGAUUAUGACUUCUUCUUUGCCAUGUCCAGCAAGGUUAAAGAUGGCACCUCCUGCUCUGACCAGAAAGGAGAUGUCUGCAUCGAUGGAGUGUGUGAGGGUGUGGGCUGUGACCAGAUUCUGGGCUCCAAGGCUUCUCUGGAUGCCUGUGGAGUCUGUAAGGGAAAUAACAACACUUGCAAAUUCUUCAAGGGCCAGUACACCCUUCAACACCGGGCUAAUGAGUAUUACUCCAUGGUAACAGUUCCAGCUGGGGCUCGAAGCAUUCACAUCCAGGAAAUGGAAGUGUCCACCAGCUAUCUGGCUGUCCGUUCCCUGAAAAGGAAGUACUACUUAACUGGGGAGUGGACUGUGGACUGGCCGGGGAAGUUCUACUUUGGUGGGACUGUGUUCGACUACCAGCGCUCUUUCAACAAGCCAGAGAGCCUGUAUGCUGCCGGACCGACUAAUGAGACGCUGGUGUUUGAAAUCCUUCUUCAGGGGAAGAACCCGGGUGUGGUGUGGGAGUACACCCUGCCUCGCACUGAGAGGAAACCCGAGUACAGCUGGGGUGUGGUGCGCUCAGACUGUUCUGCUCCAUGUGCUGGAGGUCGUAUCUCCACCAAGGCUAUCUGUCUGCAGGACCAGAAAAUUCAGGUCAACUCCAGCAUGUGUAACCCCCACACCAGGCCGACGCUGGGCUCCCAUCUCUGCAACACACAGCCCUGCCCUGCAUAUUGGGUGACUGGAGACUGGGGGCCCUGCAGUCGGUCAUGUGGAGGAGGUCAACAGACCAGGAUGCUGCGCUGCUUGAGGAAAGUGACAUAUCAGAGGGAAGAGGUGGUGGCACACUCCCUCUGCCCUGUCAUUUCUCCUGCCCAAGUCCAGCCAUGCCACACACAGGCCUGCCCACCAGAGUGGAGCACUGGGUCCUGGUCUCAGUGCUCUAAGUCUUGCGGACGAGGACUGAGGAAGAGGAGCGUUUUCUGCCGCAGCACCGAUCCCGGUGCCAAAGCAGUGGUGGUGCCAGACAGCAUGUGCAGACAGCACCACAGACCCAAAGCCCAAGAGACUUGCGUCCUGCGGCGCUGCCCCAAGAACGAGAAGCUGCAGUGGAUUCCCACUCCCUGGGGAGAGUGCUCCAGGUCUUGUGGCUCAGGCAUCCAGAGGAGAGAGCUGCUCUGCGGGGAGAGAGACUCACAAGGAGGGUACGUGGAGUUCCCCAUACGGAGGUGCAGGAAUAUGGCCAAGCCUUUGGUGGAUCUUCAGCAAGUGUGUAAUCGAGGUCCGUGCCCAGAGCUCCCGCGGGUGGUCCCUGGCAGAGCAACCACUAGCGGUGUAGUCUUAGGAUGGUACUCAUCUCCCUGGCAGCAGUGCUCUGUGUCCUGUGGAGGAGGCGUUCAGACUCGAAGCAUCCAGUGUCUCCGACAAGGUCGCCCUGCAGCCGGCUGCCUGCCCCACCAGAGGCCUGUCACUUCUAGGGCAUGCAACACACAAUUUUGCCCCGCAGCUCCCCUGGCUCCAGCCCAACGGCCUGGCAGCAGGGUCAUAGCUGCCGGGCCGACACUGAAAGAUGAACACUGUGUUGACCACUUCGGUUGGUGCCACUUGGUUCCCCAACACGGUGUAUGUAAUCAUAAGUUCUAUGGACAGCAGUGCUGCAAGUCCUGCUCCAGCAAGAAGCCAUAGAGCUCUGACAUCUCUGAGUCUGAAGGAAUCGCCACCACAGAAGCCAUUCAGGGACAAAUGCACACUACACACAAAAAUUGUGCCCAAUGAUGUGUGUUUACCUCCUGGAGUACUUGACCAAUGCAUUUUGUAAAAGAGAGAAUCCAUGGACUCAAAGAGAGCAAUUGUGACUGCUGAUGCUUCUCUGCCAAAAUGGUAUCACCAGGUCACUGAUUACAUUUGAACUGGAAAGUUGGUGAAAACACCAUUUGAAGACAUGUUGAUGUAUUAUAUAUGUUGUCACUUUGUUGUGCAUUUUUCUUUUGAAUCCUCUGAAACUAGAAAGCCAUCAUGAGAACAGAAAAGGACAAUAGUGCUUUUAGCAUGCUUAUGUGUUGUAUAUUUUAAGGCAUCUGAUUUCAUAUGCCUGUAUUUAAGUUAUUAUGGGUCGUGAUAUAUGAUUUUACAUUCUGUCAGCUGUACAGUGGACCAGUGACAUGUUAUGUCUGUAUUUGGAUAUACCACAGGUUUGUGCCAGUCAUCCUUGGAUCUGUGUGAUGAGAUUUUCAAUGAGGCAUUAGUAAUCAGUGAUCAGCACUUCUCCCGCACACAUUACCUGCUUUCCCUCUAUGCUGCUGCUGAAUCACAGCAGGACACACAAUUUCUGUGCAUUUCAUUCAUGUUAAUGCAAUGACAUUAAGCCUAUCUGUGCAUGAAACACAUUGUAUUCAGCUGCUCUGUUUUGUUUUUCUUUAUCUCUCCUGUAUCUCUUUGGUAAAUAGCUUGACCAUCCAGCUUUCUUUUUUUUUCUUUUGUUUUCUUUUCUUUUCUUUUCUUUCAAUCCCUACAUUCUCUGUAUUGAUUGCAGCCAAAAUGAGGUGAAUAAUGAGUAAAACUUUCUGCAGGCUUAGGGGAGAGAGGAGUAGGGUGAAGAGGGAUUGAAGAGGAUGAUUGCCAGCCAGGAGUGGGUGUAGUCCAGAUAGCAAAAAAGGUUUUUGCUUGUUAAGAGAAAACAAUAUAGGAAUGCUCGCCACAGAUGUCUGCUUAAAUGUGGAGAUGUAGCAGGUGGAGUUUGAGAUAAGAGACAACACUCGCAUUUGGUCUGAUGUUGAUAAGCUUGCAACACAUAAUAAAAUGGUUCAAAGGCCUCACUUCUCUUGUGGACACAAACAUGUGUCCUGCUCGCUCAUUAUAAAAGAAAUGGAGUGAUAAUGUAUCACACACUGUCUCCUACUGAACCAUGCUCCGCUCUCCCAGCAAGCAUUGCAAUCAUGACUGCAUUUCAUUGUGAUGCAUUUCCAUCAGCUACAUGUCAAAAUAGAAAAACAAAUUGAAAAUUAAUUACUAGGUGUUUAUAUUUUUUGAAAUACAUAAUGCAGCAUGAAUAACAACUUUUGGUACUAUUGUUGUGUUUAAUGUCUUGAUCUCUGUUUAAAACAUGAAAAAUAUGAUCAGUUCCCCAGAACUUAAAAUAGGAGGAAACUUCCACAAGAAAAUAGAUUCAUCCACUCAGUCCAGUCCUUUUCAUGAAACUCUGGCUGUUUGUUGUACCUACUUACAGUAACUACAAAGCUUCUAUGGGUACUUUAUAAUUCCUUUUAUUGAUAAAAAAAAAAUAUGUGACGUGAAAAAAAAAUUACAUUUCACAUUACAUUUUUGUUACUGAUCCAUAAUCUAAAAAUAAAAAUGUGUAAU